CAGGCCCAGUGGAGUGUGUACUUCCUCGUAUUUGUUUACGUCUGCUCAGUCAGUAGACUUGCAUUUAAGCUGCUAGUCAUCAAAAAUAAAAUUGUCUCGUCACCACUCGAUAACUUAGUGUACUGAUAAGAAACUGCCGAUUGACGAUAUGAGUGUGUCUAACGAUAACUGUAAGAGUGCUAUUGUCACUAUCCCGUCAGCUGUGACGAUAUCGUUCCCGCCACCUCUGUUGUCGCCGCCAGCUGCUCGCUUCUGCUACUGCUACUGUUGCUCAGUCAGUCUGUCUCAGCCGACGCGAUAACAUAUCAACUAGUUAUGGCUUUUUUGGCUAGAACAGUGCUAUGGUACAUCGUGUUCGCUGGCUUUGCAGUCAACUACAUGCUGCGGAUCAACAUGAACAUCGCUAUGGUGUCCAUGGUCAGCUGGGCUUACCUAAAGAACCAAACAAAGACAUCCCAAUGUGAACAGACUGUCGCCGUAAACAGUACGUCAGUUUGGAAAGAGACCGACGAUUCUGGAUUUCCAUGGGACGAAACAGUACAAAAUCGGAUACUUGGAUCAUUCUUCUGGUUUCACUGGGUCACUCAGAUCCCAGGUGGCCUCUUGGCCAGGAAGUACGGAACUAAAGCAGUGUUUGGACUGAGUAACUUCAGCUGUUGUCUCCUGAACCUUCUUAUCCCCAUGUGUGCCUAUGCAGGCUCCAACGUGCUAGUAGCCAACAGGGUGCUGCAAGGAUUGAUAGUGGGAAUGGCUUGGCCCUCCAUGCAUCAUCUGACAGCACAGUGGAUUCCACCAAAUGAGAGGAGUAAAUUUGUAUCUGCAUACUUAGGCAGUUCAGUGGGUGUAGCCAUCACGUACCCUCUUUGUGGCUUCAUCCUGAACCAUCUGCCGUGGGAGGCUGUGUUUUAUGUGACAGGAGCACUGGGCACUCUGUGGUUCAUCAUAUGGUGGCUGUUGGUCUAUGAUUCUCCUUCUCAGCAUCCCAGGAUUUCUGAGAAGGAGCUAAAAUAUAUACAGGACAGCCUGGGUCCAGCUCUUGCUAAAACUAAGAUGGCGAUUCCUUGGAAACCAAUAGCACUUUCUGUGCCAGUGUACAUGGUGAUAAUAGCCCAGUGGGGAGGAGGGUGGGGGCUCUUCACCCUCAUGACCCAAGCCCCCACAUACUUCAGUGUCAUUCUGGGGUGGAACAUUAAAAUGGCAGGAAUCUGGUCUGGCAUCCCUCACUUAUGUCGGUGGCUCUUUGCUCUUGGCUUUGGCAUCUUUGCAGAUUAUCUACUUCGCAACAAGAAAUUGUCCAGAACAAAUGUACGCAAACUGGCUGUAUUAUUUAGUAACGUACUUCAGGGGCUGUUGGUGAUUGGACUAGCCUACUCCGACUGUAACUCCACAGCUGCCAUACUGUUCCUGGUUGUAGCCACCGGAGUGCACGGUGCUGUCACAUCUGGCCCUCUCUCCAAUGUCGUCGAUAUCAGCCCUAACUUUGCCAGUGUGUUGCAAGGUUUUGUGGGUCUAUUCACAAACACUCCAGGGUUUGUGUCAGCUUACUUGGUCGGAGAACUGACUUUUGAAAAUCAAACAUUAGAGCGCUGGAAACUAGUCUUCUUGAUAACUUCAGGAAUGCUGAUAUCUUCUGGUGUAGUCUAUCUCCUUUUUGCGGACUCUGAACUUCAGCCUUGGAACAAUGGAGUAGUGGAAGGUUCAAGAGAGGAGCAAGAAGUCUUGUCAACCAAGAGAGAAAUGAUUACAGUGGUUCAAAACCCUAGUCGUAUGUUCAAUGAAAAUACAGAAAGAAAUGGUACUAAAAGAUAAAACACCUCAAUAAGUCACAUAAGUUUUGUUUUUUAUACUUAGACUGCCAGCGUGAUAGUUAUCGGUACAAAAGUCAAUGUGUCAUACUGACCUCAGUGUUUAUUUUUAUUCUUAACAGUAUUACAUACAUAUAGCUAUAAUUUUAUUCAGAGUGUAUUGUAAAAAUGUACGAGUUAUCCUAUAAAAAUUUAAAGAUUAUCUUGUACUAUUUUUUUAUAUAAAUUAAAGUGUUUCUAUGAAAAGG